AUGGGGGGAGCAUUGGGGCGCGGCGCCAUGCAUACGGGAACAAAUGUGGGCCGGCGCGUGGAUGCCACAGGGCAUGUCAGAGUGCGGUCGAAUCGCCACAUAUCGCGGAUGCCAAUGGGGUGCGUGUGCGGGACCCACCCGCCUCCCGGUUUUCUGGAAUUCUCCAAACCGCUUUUUGCAAAACAGGCAACCGGUUUCUGGUAUUCGGGUGGGUCUGUGGGCGCCCGAUUUAGACCUGUGGGCCAACCCAAAUUAAUUCCUUGCAUUGAAUUCGAGCUCGAGCACGGUUUUGUGUACCGAGAGUACAACAGCUCACCGGGGUACUACGAUGGAAGAUACUGGACGAUGUGGAAGCUUCCGAUGUUCGGGUGCACUGACUCAGCACAAGUGCUUAGGGAGCUUGACGAGGCGAAGAAGACUUACCCUUCUGCAUUCAUUAGAAUCAUCGGUUUCGAUAACGUGCGCCAGGUCCAGUCGAUCAGUUUCAUUGCAUACAAACCCGAAGGCUACUAAAAAACUAUUUGCCGACUUUCACUAUCUCUGUAUCGUCAUUUAUUUUUCUUGUUUACGUAUUUGGUAUUGUGUUCUAAUCGGAACAACUAUGCCGAAAACUUAAAAGAUGUUUGUUUUCUAGUGAGGUUUUUUUUUUUUUU